AUGGAAGGCACGAUGAACGCCCGACAUCCUUAUCUUAGCAAUUCAGGUCCAGGACCCAAGCCUGACGUUUAUUCGGCGCUGGACAAGUAUACCAUCGUGGCCUGCAACGGCAAGACCCCUGUUGCCUUGGUUCUCGGGCCAAACUUCUUGCCUUGUUCGCAUGUCUUCGGUGGCUCAGAUGUCCGAGAGGGUCGUCUCUUCUUUUUCAAGAAUCAACGCUCACCGGCGGCCGCAACAUUGACGACCAUCCUUUCGCAUCGCAUCCACCCACGCCGUCGCCGCAUUCCCAAAGCUCGUGAUCGAAUCACGGCCAGCUGUGGAGAUUCGUUCCCUCACCGAAUCACCCACAAACCCAAGCAUCAAACUUCUCCACGCCAGACUCCACCACCACCACUCGUCGCCACUGUCACACUCUCCGUCACAACCACCACCAGUUCUUCAGCACAAGCGGUUUUGCCCCUCCAUCCGCCAGAUGAGCACAUCCUGACAUGGCCCAACCUCCUGCUCAGUCCACUGGAAGGCCAUAGCUCGGCCCAGCCAUCGACUUUGACAGCAAUAUCUCCGAUACGGCUAUCGGUACACUACGGGAAACGGGAAGCCCAGAUACACACGGAUCCCAACUAUGGACCCGUCUCGGCUACGACGAGCAGCCGACCCGACUUCAUAUCUCGCCGCGGCCGCCGCCGCCACUGGGGGUUCAUAAUGCAUGAACGCCUGUGCAAGCUAUGGUCAGCAUGCUCCGAACGUACGGAUACAAAGAUGAGACAAGAAAUGAUACGGCUGCACCGUAACCUUUUCCCACUAUCGCCGCUCAAUGCCCACUGGAUCGGCCGCUGUACCCGAUCAAAGUUGUCAGCAGCCUGCGCCGUCCUCUUAGGUUCCGAGGCCGGCGGCGGCCUCUUACUACAAUCAUGUCCAUAUAUGCCCGCCGCCCGUUGUUGUCCGCCAAUGACACAGACCGAAACACUUAGACAGAAGCACAAGAGGGUCCAACUCGCUGAAAACCCCAUGGCACCUCAAUCGUCAGACUUCAGAUCUCUGCACAAAAGCAUUUCCUUGCAUGCAGCGUCCACCGAAGUUUCUCUUAGAAGAACAGGCCGGGUCACUCACUUUCUGCAUAGCUUGAAAUGGUUUCCAGCUUCGGGCCACCGAUAUUUGAGCUGCGCUGGCGACAAAAAUGAUAUCAUUCAACAUAGAUGCCAGUGUGUCCUGCGUAAAGAAGAUGACUUUCGCCACAUCGCCCACGCAUACAUCUUACAUCAAGAAGGCCCUGGGGGACAUAUCACCGUCCUAGAUGUGUUAGCUGACUGGCCAGGCUUUCUGUGUAUAAUCAUUGUUCGCGCACUAAGCAUCUGCCGAGACUCGUUGGGUCCGUGUUUAUCAACCUAUAUCAAGAUCUAUCAUGUUGAAUCUCACGCCAGGACGCGAAGUGGCAAUGGUGCUCUCACCAACAUACGAAUAUCAUCUGCUCGACAAAGAGCUUCCAGUUUCCUACCUGUUACAGUACAACUCAUAGCAAAGCACAAAAACCUCCGAUCUAGGCCCGUCGAUCUUAUCCAGCCGCCUUGGUCCCGGAGACGCACAAAAAAGAGACAUUAUCAAGCAGGUACUUGCAACCAUUCGGUCCUCCAUGUACCUCCGACAGUGUUGGCUGAGACCGGAGCUCACUGUGCUUCCUCGACAUGGGCCGGGGUCUUAGCCCGCACACCUUCACACGUUGCUGUUACGUCGAUGGAGGGGCUUGGCUACCCGCCCUCAUUGUCCAACGGCGAAUCGCUUGGACUUGGGCAGGGCCCUCUCGCGCGCUUUCCGAUGGAACUCGACAUUGAACAUAUUAUUCAGAAUCUAGAGCUGUCGAAACUUUGUCGCAAGCUCGCUUACCACUCGACUCGCCCGACACAGGAUACGAGAUUGAAGGACCCCGUCGCUCUGCGUUGUACAGCCCACACUCGCCCACGCUACGGAUACGCUACCGCUACCGCCUCUGUUCACGGCGACGCCCGGACCGGUCAGGGCACAGCAGAGAGCCUAGCGAUUUGGGGUAUCAACGGCUUAACAAGCCACCCCUGUCCCACACCCUCGUCCGUUGUCCUUGUGACCUCUUCCGAUACUUUGGAGACGGACAUUUUAUCCUUGGACGCAGCCAGCAAUGCCAUCUCAUCCUUGGCUGUGGUGAUACGUGCAGCUCGUUGGCUUCCGUCACGGGAUAUCGUUGCCGGCAUUCUAUCUCAGACACGAGCUCCCCUCCAGCGCCAGGUCCAGGGCUUCUUGUUGGAAGACGUGACGUCCCUUACGGUCUGCGUCAGGAACGAAUACCAGCGGCCUGGGUGUCUUAUUUCAGAUGGCACACUUUACGGCUGGCUGACGACGAUCGAAGUGCCAACGGAUCCAUCCAUUACACUCAGCCCGCGCACUUGCCCCUUGUGCUCCGAUCUCAGGGCCUAUGAACCGCGUCUUCGCAUCAAUACAAAAUCUCGCGCGUUUCCGCGGCCCACGCUCGCCGACUUGGUAUUCAUCGAGAGAGAAGCAUCGUAUAUUUCAGCACGAUUCAAUGGUGUGGUGGUAGCCUGGUUGGUACUCACACAAGCUCUCGACGAAUCCUCAGAACGUGCUUGCGGAGCUUCCGCCGGCGUAAGCACGAAAGCUUGCUCAACAGAAGAUGUUUCUACAUACAACUUUGCAAGCUUUCAAAGCUUAGGCUACGUUUGUCCUGCCACUAUCAGAGCAACAAAAGAAUACUGGAUACCCCAGCGGUACAGUUACAAUGCAAGGCAAUUGAACCAUGGCCAUAUCUCAAUCGAUCUCGGUACCAAACAAAGGUUCAAUGACAGAGACAGGCAAUUAAAGACAGCUUCGCGGCUCGGCACUGUCACCCUUCCCUCGACUGCAGAUUCUCCAACUUUUCCCCAAAUUACUCUAAUCAUCGAAGGGGGUAUCGGGCUCUACCCUAGCCGCAGGUCAGAGUGCAACCCAUCCUCGGCGACGAAGGAUGGCCCCCUCCCCCUGAGUCAACGAGAACACUUGCGUUGGGAGAUUGAUAACUCGCCGGAACAUGAGAAGCAAGUAAGCUACGGCUACUACUACAGUAAGGGUGCGUAUCUCCAGUCAACUCUGGGUUGGCAGUCUUGGACCCAAGGCGUUCAGGCAAUUGCAAAAUGCAAUGCACCAGCCUUCUCAUUCGUCUCACUCUCGACUGGCGUCCUCUGCCGUUCCACACUGAUGUUGGGCCACUCGGAUUGGCCUGUCUUUCAAAAUCAGUACCGUCUUUUUGAGGCUGUGCAAAAGAGCAUCCGUCCAUCCAUCGGGCAUCCAUCCUUGAGCAGCUGGGCCUCUUCAACCGCUUCCGUUGCGCUUGUGUGCCCUUAUUUCCAGCCGGUGACAAAUCUGAGAGGAGGACCAGCGUUCCUGGACCACAAGCAGCCUCCCACCAUCUUCCGCGUUCGACGAACCCUCCAGGGCAGCUUAGGCCACGCAUACUUACUCCAAAUCCGCUCACACUUUUCAGGACGGGAUGGAUGGGCCACCAUCGGAGACUCACACGGCACGGCAAGCGUCAAGCAACAGAGGAUCCAGGCCAAUGUGGUUCUCCAACCCGAGCCAGCCCGCCCAGCUACGCAAGCAUCCAGCUACCCUAGCACACGCAUGGCGGACCAAAUAGCUCCUUCGACAUUCCUCCCGUCCCCCGGCAGCGUGUCACCCCUGUCUACCCCAGAUUUUUCCGGUUGUAUUUUCCUGUUCAUGGACCACCCAGGCUUAACAGGCAUCUUCGGGAAGUUGGUCAGGGAGCAGGUUCAAUCUUGUCUUCAAUUUGCCGGAUAUGUCACCUCGGAACGACGCUGGGACUAUGUAGAAAUACAUCCUGAUAGUGCUAGCCAUCCGGCAGACAGCCCAGACACCAGAGGCCCAAAGGUGUAUGCCGGCGGCAUUCGCUGGGCAUAUUCGUCGCAGUUCUGUUUCGCCAUUGAGGUUUGUCAGGGCUUAUCCAUCUAA